UCAUAUCAAGUCUGUGUUAAAUCAAUAGAAACGACUUUUGUGCUUGUUUUUAUUGAGAAAAAUGAGUAAUAAUGUGACAAACACAAGUUCGACAGAGGCUUCUAAUAUAAGACAUCAUGACCCUCCACCUCCUUAUACAGAAAUAGCAAGCGUUCCUGUCCAACAAAUUGUUAUUGUUCCACCUGAAUUAAAAGAUCAACCAGUAUUGUAUAAUUGUCCUGCUUGCAAAGAGAUGUGCUUGACUAGAGUACAGUUUGUGAAUACAACAAAAACUCAUAUGAUAGCUGGAUUUAUUGGUGGUCUAACUUUUUGGUGCAUGCUUUGCUGUUUAGCUGCAGUUCCAUAUAUGUUGCCAACAUUUAAAAAAGCGGAACACUACUGCUCCAAUUGUGACACACAUCUUGGUACUUACUCAGUAUUGUAAUGGUAAUUGUUAAGGGUCUUAAUUUAUUUUUAUAAUGGUAAGAAAAAAUAUAAUAAAUGAAUAAA